CGCAGAGGAGGCCGCGCGCUGUGGCGCCUGCUCAGUGCGGGACGCGGCGCGCGAGGGGCGGCGACGGCCGCGGGCGCUCAAGCAUGGCGGCAGCCGCGUUGGGCAGCUCUUCGGGCUCUGCGUCCCCGGCUGUGGCCGAGCUGUGCCAGAACACGCCAGAGACCUUUCUGGAGGCCUCCAAGCUGUUGCUCACCUACGCAGACAACAUCCUCAGAAACCCUAAUGAUGAAAAAUAUAGAUCUAUCCGGAUUGGAAACACAGCUUUUUCUACUAGACUCUUACCUGUCAGAGGAGCCGUUGAAUGUUUAUUUGAAAUGGGCUUUGAAGAGGGAGAAACACAUCUUAUCUUUCCUAAAAAAGCUUCAGUGGAGCAGCUGCAAAAAAUUCGUGACCUGAUUGCCAUAGAAAGAAGUAGCAGAUUGGAUGAAUCAAAUAAGACUUACAAAGUAGAAUUAUCUCAGCAACCUGCACCCAGUACCCAGCUUCCCAUUACACAGUCUUCAAAUCCUAAUGGGUUAACCCAGCAUGCAGGGAACAGUGAAGGACAAUCAUCAAAUCCACCACCUGCUCCAAUGGUUACCACUGAUUCAGUCAUUCUAAAAGUUCUGCGGUCCAACAUUCAGCAUGUGCUGAUGUAUGAGAACCUUGCUCUCCAGGAAAAAGCACUGGCUUGUAUUCCAGUCCAAGAACUAAAAAGGAGAUCUCAAGAAAAGUUAUCUAGAGCUAGAAAAUUGGAUAAAGGUACUGAUGUAAGUGAGGAGGAUUUUCUUCUGCUGGAGCUUUUACACUGGUUUAAGGAAGAAUUUUUUCAAUGGGUGAAUGACAUUUUGUGCAGCAAAUGUGGUGGCCAGACUAAGUCUAGAGGUGAAUCAUUAUUUCCCAAUGAUGAUGAACUGAAGUGGGGUGCGAACAGAGUAGAAGAUCAUUACUGUGAUACAUGCCAGUUCAGCAAUCGAUUCCCAAGGUAUAAUAACCCUGAGAAACUUUUGGAAACGAGAUGUGGACGGUGUGGCGAGUGGGCCAAUUGUUUUACGCUGUGCUGUCGAGCCUUAGGGUUUGAAGCUCGCUAUGUUUGGGAUUAUACAGACCAUGUCUGGACAGAAGUCUAUUCACCUUCUCAGCAGCGGUGGCUGCACUGUGAUGCAUGUGAAGAUGUCUGUGAUAAGCCACUCCUUUAUGAAGUAGGGUGGGGCAAGAAGCUUUCCUAUGUCAUAGCAUUUUCUAAGGAUGAGGUGGUUGAUGUCACUUGGCGAUACUCUUGUAAACAUGACGAGGUAAUCUCCAGAAGAACUGAGGUUAAAGAAGAAUUACUUCGAGAAACUAUUAAUGGACUUAAUAAGCAGAGGCAAGUAUCUUUGUCGGAAAACAGAAGAAAAGAACUUCUCCAGAGGAUAAUCGUGGAACUUGUUGAAUUUAUAUCUCCCAAAACCCCUAAGCCUGGAGAACUUGGUGGAAGAAUAUCUGGGUCAGUGGCUUGGAGAGUAGCCCGAGGUGAAAUGGGUCUAGAGAGAAAAGAAACCCUGCUCAUUCCGUCUGAAAAUGAGAAGAUUUCCAAACAGCUCCACCUUUGUUAUAAUAUUGUGAAAGAUCGUUAUGUCCGAGUUUCAAAUAAUAAUCAAACCAUUUCUGGAUGGGAGAAUGGUGUGUGGAAAAUGGAAUCCAUAUUCAGAAAAGUUGAAACAGACUGGAACAUGGUAUACUUAGCCCGAAAAGAAGGAUCGUCUUACGCUUACAUUUCCUGGAAGUUUGAGUGUGGGUCAGUUGGCUUCAAAGUAGAUAGCGUUUCCAUUAGAACGAGUAGUCAAACCUUUCAAACUGGAACAAUACAGUGGAAAUUGCGAUCUGACUCAGCACAAGUAGAACUGUCAGGCGAUAAAACUCUUCGCUCCUAUCAUGAUUUUUCUGGUGCCACUGAAGUUAUUUUGGAAGCAGAAUUAAGCAGAGGAGAUGGUGUUGUUGCUUGGCAACAUACUCAGCUGUUUAGACAAAGCUUAAAUGACCAUGAAGAAAAUUGUUUGGAGAUAAUUAUAAAAUUCAGUGACCUUUGAGAACCUGAACAUUAUAGAAAAGCUGACAAUAAUCAAAGAUUUACUGUGUUCUAAAGUAGUCUGUGGGUUCAGUGCAUGCUUAGUUGGCCAUUUGCUACCCUCUGCUAGCCUAUUUCUUUGGCUAGCUGUCCAUCAUGUGCCCCUCAGGAAAAUAUAUCUUUGUACUACGGACCAUAACGAAACCUUGAAUUAAAAGCUCCCUUCCAUAUGUGACUGUAA